UCCUUGUUUUUUUUAUUUAUAAUUCUUCUGAAUUUUCCCUUUGGUCUAAAUGAUUAAAUCCUUAAAACCCUAACAAAUCUCCUGAUACAGCAAAAUACUCCCAAUUGGUGCAAUAGAUUUCAAAAACCCACAUCUUCUAAGCCUCUCAUCCCACUCAGCCUCCACAUUUUUCAAAGCCUCCAACCCCGUCUCCUCCAUUUCGAAAAGCUCCAUGCAUAAGCUGCAAUUGGCUCCCUUGCAGAAUCAAAAUGUUGAACUGAAACUCCUCCCUGAUUGGUUUUCAAAGUUCAAAUUUUCUCAUCGAUCCGAAACGGAUUGAGGGUUUUACAGCGAAUAAUCCCGACUAGAUUGCAAAGCGCAAAACCCAGAAACGAAAAGCUUGAGAAUUUACUUGCAGAGAUUAAAACACAAUGAGAGAUGAAUCUCUUACCUCCUAUACUUCGACCCAUCUGCUACUUCACUCUCAAGCCCCCGUGGCGGCGCCAUUUUAGCACCUGCUCGGAGGCCUCCGUCACUGCUAAUGAGCUCUUCACAAUCCUUGAAACAGCCAACGGUAUUGAGGACGCCCUGGAACCCUUGGCCCCCAAGCUCUCCAGUGACGUAGUGAGAUCUGUGAUUCGAGAACGGGUGAACCCACAACUGGCUUUUCGUUUCUUCAUCUGGGCAACCAAUAGAAUGAAGCUUUGCAGCCGAAUGUCUCAGAAUUCGGUGAUUGACAUGCUUGUCAGGGACGAUGCCUUUGAACUCUAUUGGAGAACGCUGGAGCAGAUACGAGAAUACGGGUUUCCGAUUGGUUCUGAUGCCUUUGCUGUGCUGAUCAAUGGCUAUGACAAACUGGACAGGGUCGAAAAGGCUGUGGAGACGUUCGCCCGGAUGAAAGAUUUCGAUUGUAAGCCUAAUGUCUCUACUUACAAUUCGAUACUGCAUGUUUUGGUGCGAAAAGAAGUGUUUUUGUUAGCUUUAGCUGUAUAUAACCAGAUGUUGAAGUCGAAUAAUAGGCCUACUAGAAAUACAUAUGCAAUUUUGAUUGAUGGGUUUUGCAAGACAAUGCAAACCCAGGACGCGCUCCGAAUGUUUGACGAAAUGACCCAGAGAGGCAUGGCACCCAAUACCGUAACUUAUACUAUUGUUGUUUCUGGCUUGUGCCAGGCAAAGAGGACCGAUGAGGCUCAUAGGUUGGUUAAUAUGAUGAAGGGAAGUGGGUGCUCUCCAGAUUUGAUUACUUACCAUGCUUUACUUGAUGGUUAUUGUAAGACAGGUAGAAUUGGUGAUGCUUAUGCACUCCUCAGGUCAUUUGAGAGGGAUGGUUAUGUUCUUGGACUCAAUGGAUAUACUUGUUUGAUUCAAGGUUUAUUUAAAGCUAGGAGAUUUGAUGAAGCACAUGGGUGGUAUAGAAAAAUGAUCAAGGAGGGCAUUGAGCUUGAUAACGUCUUGUGUACCAUAAUAAUUCAGGGAUUAUCAGAUGCUGGCAGAGUUAAUGAUGCUUUGAGUUUCUUGAGUGAGAUGAGCGAGAAAGGUUUGGUUCCAGAUGCCUACUGUUAUAAUGCUGUCAUUAAGGGGUUCUGUGAUUUGGGUCUUUUGGACGAAGCUCGGUCUCUCCAUCUUGAGGUCUCAAAGCAAGAUUGCUUCCCUAAUGCCUGCACAUACACCAUUCUCAUUUGUGGUAUGUGCAAGAACGGGCUGGUAGGGGAGGCGCAACAAAUAUUCAAUGAGAUGGAGAAGCUUGGAUGUGUUCCUACUGUUGCAACCUUCAAUGCUCUUAUUGAUGGACUUUGUAAGGCUUCUCUGCUUGACGAAGCACACUUACUAUUCUACAAGAUGGAGAUAGGACGAAACCCUUCAUUAUUUCUUCGUCUUUCUCAAGGAGUUGAUCGGGUUACCGAUAGUACCAGUCUUCAAACAAAAGUUGAGCAAUUGUGUGAGUCAGGAUUGAUUCUUCAGGCCUACAAACUUCUAAUGAAGCUAGCUAAUAGUGGGGUUACGCCUGACAUCAUCACUUACAACAUUCUAAUCAAUGGGUUUUGCAAGGAUGGUAACAUAAAUGGUGCUUUUAAGCUCUUCAAGGAUAUGCAACUGAAAGGGCUCUCCCCAGAUUCUGUUACAUAUGGAACGCUUAUAGAUGGACUUCAAAGGGUUGACAGAGAAGAGGAUGCCUUCGUGGUCUUUGACCAAAUGGUGAAGAAUGGGUGCAUGCCUAGCUCUGCAGUUUACAAAGCACUGAUGACUUGGUCUUGCAGAAAACAGAAGGUUUCUUUGGCUUUUAGUCUUUGGUUGAAGUAUCUGAGAAACCUUCCUAGCAGAGAAGAGGAAGAAAUUAAAGAAAUAGAGGAGAACUUUAAGGAAGGAAAAAUUGAGAAGGCAAUCAGAGGCUUGCUUGAAAUGGAUAUAAAGUUCAAAGAGUUUAAUUUAGCACCAUGCACCAUUUUGCUUAUUGGUAUGUGUCAGGUGAGAAGAGUACAUGAAGCUUUGAGAAUAUUUUCUGUUCUUGAUGAGUACAAAGUCACUGUCACUCCACCAAGUUGUGUGCACUUGAUCAGUGGUCUCUGCAAAGAAGGGAAUUUGGACCUGGCAAUAGGUGUUUUCAUUUAUACUCUGGAGAAGGGUUUUAUGUUAAUGCCAGAAAUAUGCAACACGCUGCUCAAAUGUCUUCUUCGUUCCCAAGACAAAAAGGAUCAUGCCCUUGACCUCGUUAGCAGGAUGAGAUCUUUAGGAUAUGAUCUCGAUUCUUAUCUUCAGCAAACUACAAAAUUUCUUCUACAAUGUCACGGGAACUAAAAAGAAAUGGAAACUGUCUCUCGGAUAAUUUUUGCUGAUGUCUAGCACUGAGGAGCUACUUUGGUCCUGAGCCUGCAAUUGCUUAUGGGUUUGAUUUUUACUGACAAGAUGUACCACAUGUAUCUUUUCAAGCUUCUGGAGUUGUUCAAUUGUAGCUCCCGUCUGUGGAGAAAAGGGUAAACUACAAAUAUAAAAACAAAUAAACAAGCAGCAUUUUUCGUGUUAUUGAUAUAUUCCUUUCGCUUAUGUCUACAGAUGUAACACCUUAUGUAUCGUUUCAAGUGCUAUAUUGAAUUUAUUGAUCAUUAUUUGAUGUGGCAAAUAGAUAAUUACUUGAGAGACCGGCACAAUUGUUUAAUGCGUAUACUUUUAAAUACUUAAGCUUUCACCAAGCGCCCUAUUCAUGAAUAAAGGCUUUUUUUUUUUUCUCUUUCUUCAUGCUGUUUUAGUCUAUUUAAUUAACCUAAGCAUACUUGUAUGUAUGUGUGUAGUUAUGUGUUUGCAGAUAUGUCUGUGUUAUGGGAGGACUGUGUGUUCCACUUGUUUAACCUGAGUUGUCACAAUCCUGUGGACUUGGUGUGAAAGGUAGCAGGCUGAGAAGGCCUGAGCAGCCUCUCCAUAAAUGGGGGUAAGGCUAGCCGACAUUCACCUCUCCCAGACCCUGCGUAAAGCGGGAGCCUUGUGCACUGGGCACGACCUUUAGUAUAUGUUGCUCUGUUUUAUUUUAUUCUUUUUGCAACAUGGUGAGCAUGAUAUUGUGUUGAUCCCAUCUAUAUGUUUACAUAGGCAUAAUUGUUCUGCUUAACAAGGAAGUCAACAGAAAUUUGAUCGUUUUGGUUUUCCCUUCUUUCUGUCUGCUUAGACAUAGUUUCUCUUUGGCAUUUUUCAAGUUACUUCCCUGAUAUGAUUGGUGAUUUUUGUUUCAGCAGUCCGAAAAAGCCAAGGAAACAUUUCACCUGAUCAUUCUAUGAUUUCUCAGGAACUUGUGUUAUUUUUUGUUUUCCAGAUAAACCAAGGAGCAAGUUUAUUUGCUGAUAGUCAUGCCAUCAACAAGAGUAUUGCCGGGUUUUCAGUUUCUCAUUUUUAGACUAGAAUUAUGCAUGGUAACUUGACUUGUUCUCAGUGGUUCUCUACGAUUGACUUGCCAAGUGACUUGAUAUAUCUGGGUAUGUAGUAUGGAGUUUAUUUAGUUCAAGUAUGACUUUUCUGGAACCUAUGAAUUUCAAUUACAUCCCUCUUGUUCUGAGCUUAUGGAAGCAUAAUUUUUUGGCAAACCAUUGCUUUACAUUGCAUUGAUUGUCAACUUAUGGAUAUGCACUGCUUCUGGUAUGGAAUUUCUCAUUUUUCAGUUAUGUUCUCGGGUUGGACAGAAUGCAUUGCCUUGCUACACUAAUUGUCCUAAGUGGUGCAGCAGCAGUAUGUUUAGUGUGUUAAAGAGACUUGUUAAAGCAUCUUUGAGUUUCUGUAACCAUUGUAGGUGCAAUUUAAUUGUAAUUAAAUGGACGUAUUGAUGUGUAAUUAAAUAUUCUUUUCUCAUUUAUUUCCAUGGACAGUUUUCUACUAAUUUUCUUUAUAUCUAUUGCUUAUCUCAGGUUUGCUCCUCGCUGGCAUGCUUCUCUUUCGAAUCUCUCUUUUUGCACCCAAGUUUCUACUUGGGGUUCUUUUAUUGCCUAGGUUGGAAGGUUGAUUAUAAGCUGCAACUUCCCAGAGUUCAAAUCGAGUUUUCCUUUGUCAUGCCGUGAAAAGCAUCUUUUCUCCUUAAAAGUAUUUUGCCCACUACCAAUUUUGACAGGAUCACACAAGAGCAGCCCCUUGCUAUAUUGGAUAAAUGAAUGGUGAAGAACAACAAAGCAGCAGUCACUAAGUCUUAUUUCAACGGCAGCGUCAUGCUAAGGAAGAUGUCUUCACCCAGGAGAGUUUCCGGACAAGGAUUGAUUUUUUGCCACAGGGAAAAUGUUGGCAAACGACAGCUAUUCCAGCAAUUCUAGCAAGUUAUCAUGGAUGUGCAGGACACCAAGAAACUUGGCAGGAAGUCUGUUAGCAGUGAACUUUUGUAGAUAGGAGGGUGUUAGUUUUGCCAGAAGAAGCCCAGCUGCGAACCAAGCUACAAGGGCGAGUUCCAUGUUUUGUUGACAAUCCUUGUAAGAUUCGGUUUCAUAAUUCGUGAAGGCUGAAGCUCAUCAAGUAAAGAAAACAGAGGAAUACUGAAGCAUGCUCAGGACAAUUGCUUGCUGAAUCGGCAUGUAUGUGAUAAAUGUAUACCUAGGACAAGCCAUCUUUAUGAACUACUGAGAAAAUGCAUCGUCAGGGCAAGAUUACAGUUUUCUCAAUUGAAUUGUAGGUAGGUCGAAGAGAGCAACUUACAUGUCACAUGUCAGACGGCUUUUCCCUAUCUCUCCUCGUUACGUGCCACCACGUGGAGAAAUUUAGCAACUUUGCACUACUUUUUGUAUGCACAUUGGAUUACUGAAUUGAAUCUCAUGACCCAAAACAAGCUGAGGGAAUGAGUCCUGAAAGCUGACGCACCUUUUGCACUACUUUUUGUCUGUGCACUUUGCUACUCAACUGUUGAGGGUGCGGUUACCUUACAUGGAGACAUUUUGUGGUCCGGAACCCGGUGUUGUUUCCUACUGAUGAAGAGACAAACAACACCCCAUAGCCCGCCCCCUCUCACAUAUCCCUGUGCCGGGUUCUGCACACAAAACUCUCCACAUGAGAGCUUAAUGAGUGCUUAAUUUGAGUUCAGCAGGUGAAAUUAGAUCUUUUAAUUGUGGCGUUUUUUGUCGAUCUUUUACCUAGUACAUCAUUACUGUGGCAUCUUGUAUUAAUCAUAAAAUUACAUAUAAGUUUUUUUGACAUUAUAUGUUUAACACGAGACGCCGGAAUAAUUAUAUAUCCAGGUCAUAGGAAUUGCUCUCAGAAACAAGGUUCCACAAAACCAAAUUUGUAAAAAUCCGAAUUGGAAAAAGCAGGUUAACGGGCCCCUUUGAACCGACCCGGAUUAUGGGGGCGGGGUUUAACCGGAAGCGGAACUGGAAGUUGGUAACUUGGUCCGUUGGCGUAGGGUUUUAGGUUUUAGCAUAACAACCUUUGGCCCUGUUUGGCACACCGUAUAAGGCACCGGAUAGUACUAAUAAUACGAUGUACGAUGUUUGGUGGUCGUUUGGAUUAAAUAGGCACCGGAUUAAAUAAUCCGGGCCCACCUUUUUUACACGGCGUUCACCCGCUUGCUUAUACCGUCCAUAUUCACGGUAUAACUUAGUCGGCCUCGUCUCGAUUCCUCUCCGCUCUCUCUGGCUCUCGCUGUCGCUCUCGCUCUCGUUUCCUCUCCGCUCGCUCUCGCUUCCUCUCCGUUCGCUCUCGCUCUCGCUUCCUCUCCAGGCGCUCUCGCUUCCUCUCCAGACGCACUCUUCCACUCCAGGCGCUCUCUCUUCCUCUCCAGACGCACUCUUGCUCUCAUCCCAGGGUUUGCUAUUGGGGUCGAAUUUAGGAUUUGUUAUUGGUUGUCUCUGGCGCAGUUCUCGUUUCACUUGUUGUCUCGCAGCUACAACGCAACCAUACGGACGCUGGUGUGGUUUUCUUCUGUCCGCUGAGUUUCCUAGUUAUCAUUUCACCAAAGUUUUCAAUGAAGAGAGCUGCUAAUGACAAUGAUCUUGCUGUGACAUUUAAAGAAAUGCUUUCUGAAUCAGUUGAUAAGUUGGGUGAAGUUUUACAAGCUGCUUUUGGGAAGGAGUGGAUCCAAAACUUGAGAUUGCUUUAGAAUUGUCAAAGAUUGUAGUUGUUUUUUGUGUAUCUUUUAUGUUCCUGGAAAAUAUUUUGAAUUUGAUGUAUGGAAUUUACUUUUUUAUUUUA